CAGAGGCUAAGAUAACAAAUAUUUUGACAGUUAUUUAAAGUUUGUGCUAAUGUUAAAAUAGCACAUAAAAUUGUGCGAUGUGUAUCUCAUAAACGUGACUUUUUUUUGUUAACAAUGGAUUACAAAUUCAUCUUAAGGAUAUGUUUUAUAACUUUGUGUUUUAUUGGAUUAGUUUGUUAUGCACAAGACACUUUUUACUUUAGUCAAACGCCAAAGGACAAAUCAGUGGUUGAAGGAACGGAAACCGUUCUUUUGUGUGAUGUUAAUAAUCGUAGACACAUUAUAUUUGACUGGAUUCAAAGUGGAAAACCAGUAACUAAUACGAGUAGAAGAUUUCAGGAAGGGAGUUACCUUCGUAUUUUACGUGUUACCAGAGAUGAAGAUGCUGGACCAUUUCAGUGUAUUGCUACAAACAUUACAUCUGGAUUUUCACUACAGAGUCGAGAAGCUACACUUAAUAUUCAAUGGAUUGAUCAAAAAGCAACUGUAGAAUUAAAGAGACCAAAGAAAGAGAAUAUAACAUUAGGAUCCGAAAUACUUUUAAAAUGUCAGAUUACUGGAAAUCCUGAGCCUACCUUUCUGUGGUACCAUAACAAAUUCAGACUAUUUAACACAGACAGAAUAAAGAUUGUAGAUGGUGGCAAUAAAGUGAGGAUUAGUAAUAUCAAUGCUGAGGACAAUGGUAUAUACUCUUGUCGAUCAGAAAAUGUAGCAGGGGCCAUUGACAGUACUGGUGACUUCUUGCUCAAUAAACCUGCACCUGGUACCCCACACUUGAUAGAGGACAAAUUCACAAGGUCGUUGCUAGUCAUGAAGAAUGAUCCAGCUUGGUUAGAUUGUCCAUUUGUUAAUGCACACAGAAUUGACUGGUUUUCUACACAUGAAAAGAUUACAAACAACACAAGGCAUACAGUUUACCCAAAUGGAACUUUGUAUUUUCCUCGUGUACGUCCAGCUGAUGAGGGCAGCUACAGAUGUGAGGGUUUAGGAAGUAGUCGAGACAUUCCAGCACAGACAUUUACAUCUGAGUUGAUGUUGACUAUGUUAGAAGACUUUAGAAUGGAUUCAUUUGAGCCAAGAUUAAUACCAAACUUUCCCAUUGUUGUACCAAUACAUAAGCCAUUUACACUCAAAGUGUUCCAGCCAUAUGGCCAGCCAAAGCCAUCUAUCAGUUGGUUUGACAGAAAUGGAGACAAGAUAGGUACAACAGGAAACAUAUAUGUAGAUGGAAACAACCUAGUAUUUAAACACCCUGCACAGAUAGAUACUGGAAACUAUACAUGCAGAGCUUCAAAUCUAGCUGGAAUUAAGGAUCAAACCGUUUGGACCAUAGUUUCUGUACCUCCAGUAAUUACGAGACCACCGCAGGAUAAGGAAGUGGAAGAAGACGGCAAUGUGGAUUUACAAUGUCAGGUGGAAGCAGAUACUGCUUAUCCUAUUACGAGAGUCAUAUGGAUGAAAAAUGGUCUUCUCAUUAGUUCUGGGUCAUCAAGACAUCACAUGGAUCUUGAACGUGGCAUUCUAAGGAUACCUAUUGUAUCAAUUGAUGAUGCUGGUACCUAUGCUUGUGUAGCCAACACAACUGGUCAAGAUCUUGUUAUAUCGAGUGAAGCAUAUCUGAGAGUAACUAAAAAAUUAAAAUUCCAUCCUGUUCCACAAGACUCAAACAUUGAACUCCACAAAAAUGCAUCUUUACCAUGUAAAGCUGAAGGUGAUGGUCAGGUCAAGGUUCGCUGGUUUAAAGAUAGAAGUAUUAACAUUGCUGAACACAUUACAAACAUUGAUGGCACUUUGACCUUCCUGGAUGUGCAGAGGUCAGAUGCAGGCAGAUAUACAUGUAUGGCUUACACAGAUAAACAGGGAUCAAUAAAUUCUACCAUUAAUAUAGAUGUUGUUGUGAGACCAAAAUUCAGAGUUGUUCCAAUAAAUACAACAGUGUUAGAGGGACAAUCAGCCAUGAUACAUUGUGUAGCUAUUGGAGAACCCAAACCAAUGAUUUUUUGGGACAAAAACUUUUAUCAGAAUAGUUUUGAUCCAAGUAGAAUACAGAAAUUGAGCAAUGGAACGUUACAUUUUACCAAAGUUUAUAUGGAAGAUAAAGGGAGAUAUGGUUGUACGGCUAAUAAUACUGCAGGGAAUGUACGCAUGGAGGCAAAUUUAAAUGUAGCAAGUGCUUCUGAGUUUGGAAAGGAGGGGGUUGAAGAGGAAGAAGGAAUAGAUAUGGUGAAGACCAUUAUAAUUGCUGUGUGUAGUGCAGGGGCUUACUUUGCACUUGUCAUAGCACUUACAGCAUACUUUAGCUACAGAUUGUUUAUGAGGAGGAAAAGAUUUGCUAAAUCUAUGGUUAAAUCAGAGAAUGGUGACACCAACAGAGAACAGCAUGAACUGUUAGUAAAAGAUCGUGACAGUGAAUCCCGUGGACAGUUACGUAGUGACAGUGACAACAGAUCACAUGUGUCAGGAAUGAGUUCACAUCCCUCUCAUUCAUCACAAUCACAAUCAACAACAUCACAGUCACAAUCACAAAGAAGUCGAAGAGGAAGCUAUGACAGACUUGUAUUUCCUAGACAUGAUCUGGCAACUAUUGGCAUGCUUGGUAAAGGACUGUUUGGUGAUGUAUUCUUAGCAAAAGCCAGAGGCAUUAAAGAUUAUGAACCAGAAACACUGGUUGUUGUUAAAUCACUGCUUGUUAAAGAUGAACAUUUAUACUAUGAAUUCAAACAAGAGUUAGACAUGUACUCCAAGCUAGAUCAUCCAUGUAUAGCCAAGAUAUUAGGAGUGUGUAAAGAGAUAGAACCACAGUUUGUUAUCACAGAGUAUUGUGAUUGGGGUGAUUUGAAACAGUUCUUAUAUGCAACGAGAGGUGGACUCAAUGGACAGUUUCCUCGUGUACCACCUUUAACUGCUGUACAAAAGACAAACAUGUGCCACCAGGUGGCAUCUGGACUGGAACAUUUAUCGAAUCAUCGCUAUAUUCAUAGAGACAUAGCAUCUAGAAAUGUGCUGCUGACAUCUCGCCUUGAACUAAAAAUAACCAGUUUAUCAUUGUGUCGAGAUGCAUAUGCAGGAGAAUAUUACCCCUAUGCUCAGAAUCUUAUUCCUCUACGAUGGAUGCCUCCUGAAGCAGUUUUCGAUGGAGAAUUUUCAGUUAAAAGUGACAUUUGGGCUUUUGGUAUUUUUGUUUGGGAAGUCUUUCAUCUUGGAGAUCUGCCUUAUACUUCACUUACAGAUGAUGAAGUGUUGAAACAUCUAAAAAUAGAAGAUUUAAAAUUGACAAUGGUGGACCUUUGUCCACAGGAGAUUAUUGACCUAAUUACAAAAUGUACUGCCGUAUGUCCAAAGGAAAGACCUUUAUUUAGUGAAAUCUGUUCAUUCUUUGGGGAAUACAUUUUAAAACUACAAUCAACUGCUCCUGUCUAACUGAAAUCCAUGUCUGUUUUAGAGAGAGUAUUUAUUUUGUGUAUAUAUUUUUACAUUAUACAUUUUCAUAUAUAUAUAUAACUGUUCUGCAGUGCAGUGCAGAAUUCUACAAGUAAUUGAAAAUCUACAAAUUUUUAUUUAUCAUUGUUCAAUGAAUUAAUCAUUGUCUGAAUGAUAUAUGUUGGAAAUAUGAGGGAAUUGAAUGUAAAGUACUUGAGAAAAUUGUGAUUUUUAUAAAUAAGCUGUAUGUUGAUAUAGUCCUCAAAAUUUUAUUUUCUGUGUAUUUAUAUAUGGCUACAAAUACUUAAAAAGACACUUGUCUAAUGAAAUGGUUAAUGUUUUGUAAUAGGAAUUGUAAAGUAUGUAACUGUAUUUGAAACACCCCAUCGAUGAUAUACACCUGAUUGUUUGUUGAUUUAUACUUUUAACUUUCGUUAUUCUUACACAUUUACAGCUAUUGACAAAUUUUAAAAAUUAAAGGCUGUUACAUAAAUUAAAUUUUACCAAAUAGUCCCUCUACAAAGAAGUGAGUGAGAUGAAAGGAAAUAUUAUUUGAUGUAAUACUUCAGGCUUUAGGUCCAUUUUGUAAACAUUGUAAAAUAUAUGAUAUUGAGUUACUAUUUAUAGUGUUAUUUCCUGAAAACUGGGCAAUAUUGUUCCAGGUAGAAUAUGAUAUAAAAUGAAUAAUGGGAAAGAUUAUUCCAGGUAGAGUGUGAUAUUGCCUGAAUAAUAAUGGGUUUUAUUGUCCCAAGUUUCUCAGAAUAAUCAUUUUAUCAAUUUUCAAGGAGUACAAGGUACCAUUUUGUGUGCUUUGCUUGCAUUAUUUCUUGUUUAUUAUUUUGUUUGUUGUUUGUAUAAACCAAAAUCAUAAGCAAUAUUUUCCAAAAAAGAAUUCCCCAUUAUUCUUUAAAUUGCCUGAAAUUUUGUCUACAUUUGUUGAAUGUAUUAGAAACACACUAAAGUUGACCAAAGCUGUUGUUAGAAAAUAAAAAAAAAAUGAAAUAAAUUUGAUGCUAUAAAGUACUGUAUAUAUGUUUAGGAACCAUGUUGUUAUUGUUAAAGUGAUACAGACUUUAACAGAUUCUGAAAAAAACUGUUUAUUUUUUAACGAGAAUCAAUAAUUGUUUCUGCUUUGUUUUCCUUAAAUAUCGUUUAUUUUUAUUAUUUUUUUAAAGAUGACAGUUUUAGCAGUUUGACUGCAAAUAAAAACUGGACAUCCAAGCAGUUUAACUGCACUUAAAAUGAUUUUUACUAGCAGUGUGUUUGCUUAUAAGUGACUCAUGUGAAGAUAAAGUAAUAAACAGUCACUUUGAUACUUAUUAUGUAUAAUUCUUAAAACUUAUAGCUACAAAGUAGUGAAUGCCUCAUGAAAAAGAUAGCAGUUAAACUUAGUAGAAAUACCAAAAAAAAUGUACCAAGAAAGCAGCACUUAUAUGUACAGACAUUUAAACAUAUUAACUAUUUAUUAAUGUUUAUUGUAAAAGAAGUGAAAAUUCUACAAAAGAUUGAAAGUAGAAAUGGUAUACAUUAUGAAAAUACCUGAAUAUGUUUUUAGAAUUAGAUUUACAUAAAAUGAGUGAAAAUCUGAUAUUUUAAAGGAAAACUAAACCAGAAACAAAUGAAUAUAUUAGAAAGGACAACCAAGUUGUCUAGAGUGAUAAUAUUGUACUGUGUUUUAGUGUUUAUAGAUUUGUCAUUGUGUAGUUGAUAUAGAUGUGUGAAUGAAAUCAAGAUUUGUUAGUAUGCAUGUCAUGUUGUGCAAGUAUAAGCAGGGGAGGUAAUUCAGAUUUGUUAGAUUCAUUUUAUGUGACUUCAUUUUUCAAUUCAACUCAUAUAAGGAUGAUACAAUCAUAUACUUGUAUGUUCAUACAGAAAUCUAUCAUUUUGUGUAAAAAAAACUUUGCAUUCCAUUAAGGUUUUCAUAUUUUCUUCAAUUUCAAUCAAUCAUAUUACAGAUUUUGUUUAACCUAAAAAUAUUAACUGUCUUUAUGACAGAAGAGAAAGUUUACAGAUUAUUUGAGAUAAGAAUUCACUCUCUUAUCAUGUAUUAUCUCUGAAGAUUUUCACAUGUUACAUAACAAUGAAUAUGAUUAUAAAACACAUCAUGAUUUUGGCUUUCAACUGAAUUAAAAGAGAAGGUCUUUUCAUACAGUUAGAUUUAUUGACUGCCAAAGUAUUUUUAUGACAAUCACACAUAUCAAGGUAUUAAACAUAAGAGUAAACAAGCACUUUGAUUUAUUGUACCAUUAUAUAAUAGUACUAUUGAGUUAAUCAAAUCCCAUGUAUAUUUCUUUCAUUUCUGACCUUCAAAAAUUUAUAGGUCAUAUUUUUGACAACAUAAAUUAUCUGAUAAAAUCAAACUAUUCUGCUGUCCCUUGUUUGUGAUAUGUUUUGAUUAAGUCAAUGCAUUUCGCUGUCAUUAUAUGGGUUUAGCAUGUCAUAAGUGACUUGAAUUCAGAAAGAUUCAUUUGUUCCUGUUUGCUUAGAUGCCCACUGGUUAGUCUUGUUACAAAAUGAAUGGUAAAUUGAGUCAAAAAUUUUAUUCUUCCAUUUAAUUGAUAACACAGUAUAAAUAAGUUUGUUGUUAAUCCAAACUUACCAAAAAGAGAUAUAAGUUAUCUAUUAUAACAUGAUCUUCUGCACUCUGAAAUGAAAUAAAUGAACUGUUUGGUGAAUUAUCCAUUCAAUUCAAAGGUUUAAUGUUAAAGAUUAUAAAAUAUAAAUUACAGCUAACCUUUAUAAAUGUGUAAUAAGUAUAUAGUUUGUUCGGUGGAUCAUUUUUGCCAUUGUUUACAAGGAUACAAAUAGAGUUUAGUUUGACUAAAAUUGUUUCUAUAUUUAAUAUAGCUAGUCCUGCAUUUAUGGUCACCAAACAACUGUGAAUUCUUUGUACAAACUACACACUUAAAUAGUCUAGCUUUUCAUACAAAUGAUGAAAUGGUGUUGCAUUAUUGUGAAAUACUACUUCCAAAGAAACAUAUAAUUAAUUUAUGUAUAUUUUAUAACCUAUUACUAAGAUAUUCAUAUUUUAUUUCCUACAAAAACAGCAUAAUUUGCAUAAGUCCCUGAAUUAACUGGUUGACAAAUCUUUAGUGAGAUAGAGAGUGUGAUAUAUGGUGCUGAAGUUUUAUCAGAACUCUAUGUAUGUAUGUGUCUUAAUCUAUGCAAUUAGAUUAAUAAAGCUUAUUUAAAUUAUAA